AUGAUGCUGGCGCGCCUUACUGCGCUGACGUGCUUCUGCAGAGUAGAGGCCAUACUCUUCGACGAGCCACUAACGAAACCCUUGGACGACAUCACCGAGGCCCGGCAGCUUCUUGCGGUCAAGCUGCAGCAGCUGCACGACUUUCAGUUCGAGCAGUGCGUCGAUCCACACCGGGGCUCGCUCGACGAUGUUUACACGGAGGAGCAGUUCCGCAUUCUCGUUUCAGACAUCCUGCCGUACUGGGCCAAGGAGUACUUUCGGGAGUCGAUGAGUUACCCCAAGGUCAACUUACACAAGGAGGAGGGUGGGAAAAAAGAAAUCAAGAUCAAGGGCCUCGAGCAGAAGGUCGAGUCAUUGGAGCGGGAGAAGGGCGCGAUGCAAGCGGAGUUGGAGGCGAAGGCAGAAGCACUCGCGCUACUGCAGAAAGCGUUCGAUGCACUGAAGAUUACCGCCGCGACAACCGCAGCUGCGAGUGUGGGGGGGAGCGAGAGUGUGCCGCAGACGGCGACCGAAGAAACCACCCCGCCACCACAGCAACCCCCUCAAUCAACGCCCACUCAACAGAGCAAGGGCAGCCAGCUCGACCAAGCAUUCUUCGACGCAGUGGUGUGGCCGUGGUGCAAUUGCGAGACCGUGCGGCAGGCGUGGUCGUACUGGGACGGGCCAAGCCCGCUGAACAACGGACACAGUCUUCGACACGCUUACAGGAGGGGUUUCGCCGUCAAGUUCAGCAAGUUCACUCCGACUCCUCCCACCGUUCCCCAGGUUGCGGUGGACCAGCCAAAAGAAAAGCCACCGACCCCAAAACCUGUCGAGUCGAAAUUGCGGAAGAUGGAGGUUGUCAUGAGGGCCGUCGAGAUAUUCAGGGUCGACGACAGCAGCGCGGCUACGUCGACGAUCAUUGAUAAGCUUGACUCAAUAGUCGCGAACCACUCGAUCAACAUGCUGGCUGAAGGGCUCGUUCUCAAAGAGGAUUCGGGGAAGCAGCUCACGAAGAAGCGCAAAGUCGAGACAGCAGAAGACAACCGGAAGGACAAAGAUCGCCUCAGGAUCACGCGGGAGCUCAUUCGCGUCGAGCUUCGAACCACGAAAUGGGCCGAGAACGUGCUCAAAGACAAAUGGAAAGAGUUCAUGAAAACAUUGGGCGAGAGCCCAAGUUCGACAGGCAAUCCUGACGAGGGGGGAAAGUAG